UUGACUUCCAGCAAAGCUCAGCUGUAAUGGCUAUCGUCUCUAAGGGAAGAGGAUCGAAUGACCAGUACGCCACAUCCUUCACUGUGUCCGGUAGUCAGGAUGGCGUCAUUUGGGAUCCUAUCAAAGAGGACAAUGGGACAGUUAAGAUUUUCCAAGGAAGCACUGACGAUACCUCCAAUGUCACAAAUAAAUUCAAAGAACCGAUUUUCGCAAAAUUUGUUCGAGUUGCCAUACAAGAAUGGUAUAGACACCCAGUUUUGAAAAUGGAGCUCAUCGGGUGUGCUUUUAACGAACAUCCAGGGAGAUGCUGGGAAGGAGAACACGGUAUCUUGGAAGAUGUUCUUCCUAUAUUACACGAAACAACGGCACCAACUAAUGCCCUGUGUGGAAUUGAAUGUCACAAAUAUCCGUCAUGUGAAAGUUUUAUGUUUGCCUUUCAUUCAAACAUAUGCCAGCUGUAUAGUUCAGAAGUAUUCAAUGUAACGAAGGGCGAGUCAACUCUAACUCCAGAGGUGUAUUAUACAAAAUGCACCAUUAAGACGCUUUUGAACUGAUAUGUCAAGGGGUGGAUCAAUGGGUAGGUAAUGGGGUAAAGGUUUUCUAUAGCGAAAACGAAAGUAAGUCAGAUCCUUGUAGCAUGAAUAAAGGAUAGGCAUUCGGAAAAUACCAAAACAAAAACAAAUCAUGUGAUAUUAUUAAUAUUAAUGGACGUCCCUGG